UCUGUUUUUCCACGCGCGAACUCUGUCUCCUCUCCCUCUCUGUCUGUCUCUCUCUCUCUCUGUCUGUCUCUCUCUCUCUCUCCUCGUCUCUUUCCCCCCUUUCCUCUUCACAGUCCUGCGCAGUUUCCCCUCGCAAAACCAGCGGCAUUUCUUCGGCGAAGUUACUUUCCAAAUAGUUGACUUUGAAGUUUACUUUUUUUCUUCAAUCCAGGGACAUGACCACCAUGGCCUCUCCGGCAGCUCCGGCUCUGCUCCCCGCCGCUCCUCUUGGGCACCACCCGGCGCCGAGCUCCGUCUCCCCGGCCACCAACUCUCCGCCACCUGCGGCCACCUCCGCCUCCUCUUCCCCGGCUCCCCCCGUGGCGCACCCGGCGCUGCUUCACCCGUUCAGGGCGGACCUCUUGCUAUCAAACGGGACACCGAUAAAGACGGGAGGCGCUCCGAUCUCCGGUGGCGCUAAGCCCGUGUACGCCACCCCGUCCCCGGUGGAGAACACGCCGCAGAACAACGAGUGCAAACUGGUGGACGUGAAAGGUGCCAAGCUGGCUUCGUUCACGGUGAGAGACACGGAGCUCAUCUGCCUGCCCCAGGCUUUCGACCUGUUCCUCAAGCACCUGGUCGGCGGGCUCCACACGGUCUACACCAAGCUGAAACGGCUGGACAUAACCCCGGUGGUGUGCAACGUGGAGCAGGUCCGAGUGCUGCGGGGGCUGGGGGCCAUCCAGCCCGGGGUGAACCGCUGCAAACUCAUCUCCAGGAGGGACUUCGAGACGCUCUACAACGACUGUACCAACGCCAGUUCGAGGCCUGGCCGGCCGCCAAAGAGGCUGCAGAGUGUGACGUCGCCGGAGAGCGGGACCCAUCACAUGCUGUCCCACAGUGGUCUGAUGUCUGCCGGGAUCAUGCCCCCCGCAGGUCUGUCUGCCCUGGCAAAGAAGAUCAAGCUGGAGGUGAUGGGUGGAUACCAUGGCAACCAGCAGCAUGGUGGGCCAAACGGAGAAAACGGCGAUCACAAUCCUGGACUGGGUCUGGACCAGCUACCCUUCAUGAUGAUGUCACAUCCCCUCAUCCCGGCCAGCCUGGCGCCAGCCUCCGUUUCCAUGGCAAUGGGCCAGAUGAACCGACUCAGCACGCUGGCCAGCAUGGCGAACAUGGCGCAGCUCCACGCCAACCCCCCCUCCAGGGCUCCCACCUCCGUCAUAAAGGAGCGAGUUCGGGACAGCCCCUCCCCUUCUCCCUCAUUGGAGGAAGCUCAGAUGUCAUCCAAUCACAGCAGCAGUGUGUCAAGUUCACCGUCUCACACAGAACGCACUGCAGAAACCACACACCCACACCAUGACGGCCUGUCUUCGAGCCACAGUGUGUUAGGACACUCCCCCAGUGUGGUGCAGGGGUCCAGAGAGGCAGACAUGACUUCUUCACUGGAAUACAGCAAGGACAACAAGCGGACCAACGCUGACAGAGAUAACAGCUCCUUGGCUACUCAGACAAUCAGAGAGGGCUGUGACAGACAAGCCUACCAGGGGCAGAAACCCGUACCAGGCAGGGAGAGCUGCGAGAGGGUAGCGUACCCUGGAGGGCAGAAGCUCCCAGCAGGCCUCCACCACACUCCCUUCAUCUUCCCCGAAGGCCUGUCCUCCAUAGAGACCCUGCUCACGAACAUCCAGGGUCUGCUGAGGGUUGCCAUAGAGAACACCCGGGCACAGGAGAAGCAGGACCAGCUGGAGAGGACAGAGCUCAAGAUGGAGCUGGUCAGAGAGCGGGAGCUCAGAGAGACCUUGGAGAGACAGCUUAGCGUGGAACAGAAAAACAGAGUCCUGAUCCAGAAGCGCCUGAAGAAGGAAAAGAGGAGUAAGAGGAGACUACAGGAGGCUUUGGAGGAGGAGGUCAAGCUGCGCGACCAGGCAGAGCACAGCCUGCUGCACGUCGCAGACACACCCACAGGGCAUCAAUCAUCAUUAGCCCCUCCUCUCAUAGAGUCGGUGACCCAGGAAGUGGAUGGGAGCAACAUUGAUGACAACAGAACGGACACCAAGGCGACAGUACAAGAGGGCAGAGUGUUCCUGCAGACUUCCGGGAUGUACUGAAGACAAGACGGAUGGAUGGAAGGAUAGAUGGGUAGGUGGCUAGAAAGAAGAUUGGGAGAAUAUAGCGGUGGACAGAGGGAUGAACAUGCAUCAUUUAUGAGACAUACUGUACAUCCGACAGGCAUGCUCAGUCACACAAAGGCAUCUCAGAUGCACGUUGGUCUCCAGACACACAAACUUCCACUGUCAGACCAAGAGGACACCCCCACGCGUCAGGGGUGACAUUUGAACUCUUCGCGUUCUCUUGUUUAAUUUAUUGCAUUUAUCACCAGAUUCUGGCCGUAGUGGGAAAAAAAAAAAAAAACAGUACUUUAUUCUUCUGAUGUGUUUGAUCGUGUUUCUUUCAAUCAAGGUUUUUA